UGAGAUCGAGGUCCUUCAUCUUGAUGCUGAGUUUGCGGCAUUUUAGAUUUCACGUGUAGUCGUUAUUUAUGAAACAUUACAGUGAUACUGUGCAUAAUUUUUAAAAGUAAGUGCAUUUUUUCUACACCUCACUAUAUAGUGCAUAGUUUGGACGUUAUUUAACAUGUCUUUCCAACAAACCAACGGCGUUGGACCUGGUCGUUCUGACGACAGAAAAUUGUUUGUUGGUGGCCUGGGAAGGAACAUUACCGAAAAGGACCUGAAGGAUUAUUUUUGUAAAUUUGGAGAGAUCGAGAAUGUUUCUAUUAAGACAGACGUUUACACAGGUCAGUCUAGAGGUUUUGCAUUUAUAUUGUUUAAGGAUGCCAAGGCUAUUGAUCAAUUACUUGCUGCAGGUGACCACUACAUCAACAGUAAGAAGGUUGACCCUAAAAGGGUAACAGUUAACCCCUUGUACUGUAAGGUUUUUGUUGGUGGCCUGACAGCAGAUAUAACUGAUGAUGACAUUAGGGACUAUUUUGGUCAGUAUGGAGAAAUCGCUGAAUUGCAAGCUCCAUUUGAUAAAAUCAAGAAUCAAAGAAAAGGAUUCUGCUUUAUCACAUUUAAGUCUUCAGAAACCGUCCAAGAGGUCUUAAAACAACCCAAACAGUCUAUCAAGGGUAAAGAAGUAGAUGUAAAGAAGGUUAAGUACAAUCCAGAAACAAUGGGGUCUGGUGGACGAGGUGGAAGAGGAGGUAUGUUCGGCGGCAGAGGGAUGCCAAAUUAUGGACCACCAGGCUAUGGACCUGGCUACGGACCCAGCGGCUAUGGAGAUUACAGUGGAUAUGAGAGCUACGGUGGUAUGUACGGUGGGUAUGGAGGAUACGGGGGUUCUGGGUAUGGAGAUGGAUACUACAACACUCAAGCAGUUGGAGGUUAUGGUGGUGGUGGAAAGUUCAGGGAAAACCAGUAUCAGCGACACCAUCCUUACUAAGAUAGGAUACGAUGAAAAUCAGUGAUACAAGAACACUUUGACAUGAUAUAUGUAAACUGUUCAGUGGUAUUAGGCCUAAAGUGUUGUUAGGCCAGCUUUAAUUUCCGUAUUAUAGUUGUCUAGCCUAUCAAAAAGUUAAUGUGACUAGUUUAAUGUUAUUUCGAUCAGCAAUCCUAUCUCAAGAUUUUGUUGAUAAGGUACAAAUGUUAUUUUAAAUAUUUUUACAAUUGUUUGUUACAGUAAGUUAAGUUAGCCCAAUUUUUCUCUUUUCUUUCCUGCGGAUUUUAUAAAAUUGGUACAGUAACUUAAUUCAGGAAUUAAAUACAUUUAAGUUUAUCGCAAACCUUAAACGCCUGAAAAACUGCUAAGUUAGUUUGUGCAUAUUAUUAUUGAGGCUAGGUUUAGAAGUGUGAUGUUUCCCUUAAUGGCUGUUAAAAUGUACAUAGCCUUUAUAUAGAAGUCAGAAUUUGGUUAUUAACUUAAGUAAGUUGCAAACACUUUCAUUGCUUACCUAAUCAAUGCUAUGUAAACUUGCCAUCUUAAGUAAUGGCUAGGCUAUGUAAAUUAUAUGCUAGCUACCCUAGUUCUUCAAAAAAUAAAAUUUUACUCACGUUUUAAGAAUUGAUGCUAAGUUAGAUGCUGCCUGUUACGAAGAAUUUAAUUUUGUUUUCUUAUUGAGGUUAUGAAAUAGCCUGGUUUUAGGGUUUACCUAGGCAUAACUUAUAUCAGUAGCUAAUUGAAGCAAAUUGGCUAAACAUUUUAAAUAAAUUCUACAUAAGCCAUAAGCUAAGUUAAACUUAUGGUUGUCGAAACUGUAGAAGUUUUUAACCUAAUCUAAGUUGCUAACCUAAGUUACUAAAUUUCAUAAAUUUAUGCUGUUAGGUGGCCUACUCUUAAUUUUUUAUGUUUCAGAUUUGGUCUUGUUUGCAAGUUAUUAAAUUAUUUCUAGGCCCUUAAGUAAGUUUUCAAAGGUUUUGACUAGGUAAUAUUAAGUUUGGUAAGUUAGUACCGUAGUAAGAUUGUCUUGGGUAGUGCCUAAUUCUGUUGAUUUUUAUUACACUAAAAGACUAGCCUAUGUUACGACGGACUUAUAAUUUCUUUUGAAUGUCACCAAUUGAUUGUCUGAGAAUUUAAUUUAUCAUAAAAAUAAUAACCAAUUAAUAAACUUAGGCCUACCACCACUGAGAACAGUGUAGCAUUUUGAGGAUUUUGAACCGAGCAAUUUUGGCUUCAUUUGAUUUAAAACCAAGGUGAACAUUUAGGCCAGCUUAAAAGUUUUUACCCUAGCUGUAAAAUUUAAAAAUAGGGCCUAUUAUUAAAAACAGUCGAUCUUUUACAAAAUUUAAAAACCAUUACCUAUGUAGCCUAGAUAAUUUUAAAAAGUAAUGCACUGCCCAGAUACUGCCUUCUAUAUUGCAUAGAACCACGUUCUCUCUAUGAGAAAAUGUGGACCAAAACUUUUGUUUUGAGUUGAGAAUAAGUAAGAUCUUAACUUAUUCUGAAUAAUAGGUGAAUGAAUGAUAUUAUUGCAUUGUAAAUUAAGAAAAAAAUACUGGUAAAUGCUUUGAUUUUACCAACAUAAUAUUUUGUACAAAAAGUUAGUGUUAACUUAGGCUAUGGUAGGAAAAUUAGAAAAUAGAAACUUAAAUACCGUCAACUUACAACUAUUAUUCAAUCUUAAUUUAAUUCGACAUUACUUAACCUAACUCAACUAACUUACCGUGCCGGUAGCCUAUAUGUUUAAAAACAAGUUUAAAUAUUUUUUGUUAUAAAACCAUAUGUAAAAUCUAAGUUUUAAUUGCAUUGAGUAAGUAUCUUGAUAUUUUUUCCAUCGAGAAGUUUGAUUUGUAAUGAUUGUUUUAACCUGUACUGAUAACUUACUUUGACAUGUUUAGGCAUUCACAAUGUUCAUAUAUUUCUGUUUGGUUUUUUAGUCUACAGGGGCUUUUGAUCCACCUAUACAACGUAUCUCGAGAUUUAUAAAUUUUUGAACAGGGAAAUUUUUUUGUUAACUUAAAAAAAUAUAUUGGUAUUAGGGUUCAGAUUUUAUUUUGUUCUAACUUUUAGGCUAUUUUAUUUACAUUUACUGCAGUUAACUCAUGUUUAGUGUCUCAUAUUCAAGCUAAAUUUGCAUUCCAGUACACCUUGAUUUGUAGGCUACUAAUAUUUUCAGUACACACGGUAAAAAGUUUUCAUUAUAUUAAGAAUUUAUUUUACCCUCUUAUAUUAAAUAUAUAUUUUGAAUAAGUUUUGCUUUUAUUCAGUAAUUUACUUUUUUGUAACAUAAUGGUAAAAUAAUUUUUGUUUGUUUCCUUCUCUGUAAAACCACUGAAAAUUAACAGUUUUGUCAUCCUAUUUUUAUAAUACAAAAACUCUUUCAAUAA